AGUUCAUUUUGGGAGUUCUGACAGGGAUAAUGGCCCAAGCAGCAACACCAGCAUUGUCAGUCCAUGAUGAGGACUCCUCUGAAAGCAGAAUGGUGGUUACAUUCCUCAUGUCAGCACUUGAGUCAAUGUGUAAAGAACUUGCGAAGUCCAAGGCAGAAGUCGCCUGUAUUGCUGUGUACGAAACAGAUGUGUUUGUAGUUGGAACUGAGAGGGGAAGAGCUUUUGUCAAUACAAGGAAAGAUUUUCAGAAGGAUUUUGUUAAAUACUGUGUCUCUGAAGAGGAAAAGGCAGCUGAACUGCAGAAAACAAAGACUACGUCACUUGUAAACAGGCUGACAGUGGAUAUUGUAGAAAUGGAAGCUCUCCGAAAGUCUGUAGAGGAUUUCUUCUGCUUUUGUUAUGGUAAAGCUUUAGGGAAGUCAACGGUAGUCCCUGUGCCAUAUGACAAGAUUCAAAGGGACCAGUCUGCAGUGGUAGUGCAGGGCCUUCCUGAAGGACUUGCAUUUAAACAUCCAGCAAAUUAUGAUGUGACAACACUGAAAUGGAUUUUGGAAAACAAAUCGGGGAUCUCAUUUGUGAUCAAAAGGCCUUUCCUAGAGCCAAAGAAACACCUAGGAGCUCAUGUGACUGUUACAGAUUCUACACGCACAGUUACACCACCAAGUGGAAGUGGCCCUCCUGUCCAAGUAAAAACAGAACCAAAUGAGGAUUCUGGAAUUUCACUAGAGAUGGCAACAGUAACAGUAAAAGAGGAAUCGGAGGAUCCUGACUACUAUCAGUAUAAUAUUCCAGCAGGCCCUUCAGAAACUUCAGAAAUUGAUGAAAAAAUUGCUCUUGCAAAGAAGUACACAGGAAGCCACCAGGGUUCCGAUUGCAGUGAAGGAACAGAUGUGGAAAUACCAGUAGAAGAUUCUUCUCAGCAUGCCCCUUCUGAAACAAGUGAGGACCCUGAAGUUGAGGUCACCAUUGAAGAUGAUGAGGACUACUUACCGCCCAACAAGAGACCGAAGAACACUGAGUCAGCAAAUGAGGCUGCCAAUGCUGGGAGAAGAAAAGUGAGAGAAUUCAAUUUUGAGAAAUGGAAUGCCCGAAUUACAGACUUGAGAAAGCAGGUUGAAGAAUUAUUUGAAAGAAAAUAUGCUCAAGCUAUAAAAGCAAAAGGUCCAGUGUCUAUCCCGUACCCGCUUUUCCAGUCACAUGUAGAAGACUUGUAUGUGGAAGGACUUCCAGAAGGAAUUCCCUUCAGGAGGCCAUCUACCUAUGGGAUCCCACGCCUUGAGAGGAUACUGCUGGCCAAGGAGCGGAUACGGUUUGUGAUUAAGAAACAUGAGCUUUUGAAUUCAACACGAGAAGAUGCACCGCUGGACAAACCAGCUGCAGGAGUGAAAGAAGAGUGGUAUGCCCGAAUCACCAAAUUAAGGAAGAUGGUAGAUCAACUUUUCUGUAAAAAAUUUGCUGAGGCCCUAGGGAGCACUGAGCCGAAGGCUGUCCCAUACCAGAAAUUUGAGGCACACCCCAGUGAUCUCUAUGUGGAGGGUCUGCCAGAGAACAUUCCAUUUAGGAGUCCGUCCUGGUAUGGAAUUCCUCGGCUGGAAAAGAUUAUUCAAGUGGGCAACAGAAUAAAAUUUGUAAUCAAAAGGCCAGAACUACUAACUCUCAGUCCAACAGAAGUUACUCAACCAAGAUCUAAUACGCCAGUCAAAGAAGAUUGGAAUGUCAGAAUCACAAAACUAAGGAAGCAAGUGGAAGAGAUAUUUAAUCUAAAAUUUGCCCAAGCCCUGGGGCUUUCAGAGGCAGUGAAAGUUCCCUACCCUGUGUUUGAAUCGAACCCUGAGUACUUGUAUGUGGAAGGCUUGCCAGAAGGAAUCCCCUUCCGGAGUCCCACGUGGUUCGGAAUUCCACGCCUUGAAAGAAUUGUCCGUGGAAGUGGCAAAAUCAAAUUUAUUGUUAAAAAGCCAGAGCUGGUCACUUCUUAUUUGCCUGCUGGAUUGGCUAGUAAAGUAAACACUAAAGCAUUGAGUCCAAAGAGUUCAAAGAGAGCAAGAAGUCCUGCAAGCAAUUCAAAGGUUCCAGAGAUUGAGGUGACUGUUGAAGAAGGUCCUAAUAAACCACAAACAACAGAUGUUCGAACUAAUUCUCAAACCAAUGGAUCCAAUAUGGGCUUCAAGCCACGAGGAAGAGAGUUUUCUUUUGAGGCUUGGAAUGCCAAAAUUACUGACCUAAAACAAAAAGUUGAAAAUCUUUUUAAUGAAAAAUGUGGGGAAGCUCUGGGGCUUAAAGAUCCUGUCAAGGUCCCAUUUGCGUUAUUUGAAUCCUACCCAGAGGAUUUCUACGUGGAAGGACUACCUGAAGGGGUGCCAUUCCGCCGACCCUCUACUUUUGGCAUUCCAAGAUUGGAGAAGAUCCUGCGAAACAAAUCUAAGAUAAAAUUUAUCAUAAAAAAGCCUGAGAUGUUCGAGGCAGCGAUUAAGGAAAGCUCUGCUAAAAGUCCCCAGAAAAAAACCAGUUCAUCCAAUACAUCAAAUACAACAAGCACCACAACAAAGCCAGUGGUGAACACAGCCGCAGGGGUUGAAGAUCUUAACAUCAUUCAAGUGACUAUACCAGAUGAUGAAAGUGAAAGAUUAUCAAAAGUAGAAAAGGCUCGACAACUGAGAGAACAAGUAAAUGACCUCUUCAGCAGGAAGUUUGGUGAAGCAAUCGGUAUGAAUUUCCCUGUGAAAGUCCCAUACAGAAAAAUCACCAUAAACCCUGGCUGUGUGGUGGUGGAUGGAAUGCCUCCUGGAGUGGCAUUUAAAGCUCCCAGUUAUCUGGAAAUCAGCUCCAUGAGAAGGAUUUUGGAAUCAGCAGAGUUUAUCAAAUUUACUGUCAUUCGACCAUUUCCAGGACUUGUGAUUAACAACCAGUUGAUGGAGAAAACUGAAUCAGAAACACCAGCCAAGGCACCAGCUCCGGCUCCGACUCCAGCUCCGGCUCCGGCUCCAGCUCCGGCACCAGUAGUACAAGAGCCAGCUGAACCAAGCCAAAUAGAAGUAUCUGUAGAAGAUGUAGCAGAAACAGAAGAAAGUUCUCAAAUAAAACAGGAGCCAGAUCCAACGUGGUAGACCUUAUCAAUAUUAGGGUAAAAUAAUUUAGUAUCUGUCAAAAUUAAUAGUUAUUAGGGAAUAGUAUUUUUACACCUCUUUGUAGGGAAUGCACGUCAUAUGGCUAAGGCACAAGGCUGGAUGUCAGGAGAUUAGAGCUUUCUUACUGGCUCUGUCAUUGCCUUGGCCUGCUACUUUAUGCAAGUCACUUUGUCUGUCUGGCUCACCCAGGUUGUAUGCAGCUUAAUUAAUUAAAGCUUGUGAGGCAUUCAGAUACAAGUUUGAUAAGUGCCAUAGUACUACCUAUAAAUAAAAAUGGAUUAUGAUUACAUGCCUAAGGAGAUCUAAGGCUUAAUUCAUUAAUGUUUGUAAAGAGUUUUGACAUGCUUGGGUGCAAAGGACAUUAUUAUUGUUGGUAUAGCCUAUAUACUUGAAAAUUGUAAUUAAGCAUGGUAUUUCUUCUUCCUUUUAAUAUUGCCUGAAUUUGAGAAACACAUGGUGGAAUAAUUAGCUUUGAUUAAAAAAAAAUGUGAUUGCUGUUCAUUUUAAAAGUUUUGUUUCUUACUUUUUUUAACCUCAGAAAAAUCUCAGUUCAAGUUUUGGGACAAAGAUUCAGGGUAAUUCUUAUUUUAUUUAGUUUAACCAUUUAUCUAGUUUUUCCAUUUCUCGUUCUCAUAACAAGAUUCUGGUGGCAGUUGAAACUGUACUAGUUAUGGUGUUAUGCCAACAAAUAAAAAUAUGCAGUUAUCAUUUACUCUUAGGGUUUACUUUGUUAUAAACCAUUCAGGAAAAAAUGUUAAAUAUUAAGAAUUAUUACAUCUGCACUAGUUUUUUGAAGUUUGAAUUUAUUAAAAAGCUCUGAACCAAGUUUUUUUAGUUUUGAGCUUUGAUACUUUUGUAACAUCUGUCAACUUGAUUGACCUAAAGAUGGGUUGUAUUUUCUAGUACAUUUGUACUAUGAUCUCCCUUUUUAAAAGUAAGAAAAUGCUAUUGACUAUAUUCAUCACAAAGUUGAUAAUUUGAGGUUGAAUAUGAAUAAAAAUUUUCCAUAUCUGAGAUCUGUUAGUCUGUCAAGCAGUAUUUCAAUGGUAGAAAUUUCAUUGUUUAAAAUAUUUAAGAUAGACCUGACAAAGCAUUAGAAAAUGUUGGAAAUAAUCCUUUAUUUUCAGGAAAAUGGACUUAACCGAACGAUGUAAAAAGGUCUGUUGUAACUUCUGUUAACCAAAUUCUACAGACCUCAUUUGGUUUAAAUUACCAUUGAAGCUUGUAGGAGUUUUGUCUGAGUAAGGGCUGCAGGAUUUGGUCUCUGGUUCUGUGUCACUCUAGCAACGUUACAAUUGUACUCACCUAAUGGAUUCAACAGAGAAUUUACAUCAAGUGAAAUGCCUGGGUAAAACCCUGUUUUAAGAGGGCACUCAAGCACAUACUUAAACCCAUUUUAUUCAGGAAAGCAUGUGCUUGGGUACUUUCAUGAAUCAUAGCCUAAAUGAGGACUUGAAGAGAUGUCCACAAAUUUCUCAAGUACUAGUAUAUAUAGUAGGAUACAUAGCUGCAAUGAAACUAACUUCACCUUUGUACUUUUUUCCUAUCUAGUCAGAAGCAUGCAGUCCGGAGAAGAGCUUGCUGGGACUGUCCUGAGCUGUGUAAUAUAAUUGUAUAAGAGAAGUACCUUCUAUACAAACCCUUUUUGUACUUUUAGAUAGAAAUGUCUACUUUUUCAGCAGUUCUGUGAAUUGACUUAAAGCAAAGAGUGACUGUAGAUUUGGAAAGGUUGAUUAUAUAUUAUAAGGAUUAAAUUUGAGGCAGCAAUGCUGAAAAAAUGACAGGGAUUAAUUCAGAUUUUAAAAAAAUCAACAGGAAUUUAGAGGCCGUCUACAUUUCCCAGUAAAGUAGAAUUGUACUGUGCCUGGAUGCAUCUCAGCUUUUGCGAUGAAGAAAAAUACCUACAGUAGUUCAUUAAUUUUCUGUUUUUGGAAAAAAAUAAAUAAUGAUUUUUGGUUCUUUCUCCUUAAUGGCUGAUUGGACAAUACUAUCUGUAUAUUUGAACUAAUUUUUCCUAUGAUAUCUAUCUCAAUUCAUAUGUUUUUCAUAAAUAAAUAAAAGAUGAACUCGUUCACCUGACCGUUAGUAUGCAUUAAUAAAGUGGACUAUGAAAUGGUCAGUAUCUCAGUGUGUGGAUGAGGAACAAAUUUAAAUUGAGCCCUUCUUCUAUUUUGUUCCAUUAUUUCAAAGUAAAGAGUGUAUGUUUUAUCAGGGCAUCAUACGGUUUAUGUAAGAGAAGGGUCCAGUCUUGUAGUCCUAAUGCAGGCAAAACUCCCAUUGACUUAUAUGAGAGUUUUACAUGAGGACUGCUGGAUGAUGCCCUUUAAUUCGUUUAGAACCAGCUAUGGACACUUAAGCAACUAAGCUGUUGUAAGACCUAGUAUGUUGAGAGUUAAGUUACCUGUAGUCCUUUCUGAUUGCUCCCCACAUCUUGUAAAAGACAAAUGUAAGCGUUUUAAAAUUUAACGAACCAUAAGAGAUGUAAAAUGCUGGCUAUGUGAUAAGCUCUACAGAGUAAAUAUGGAGUAUUGUAAAAAUUUCUUUUUGGGGAUGACUGCAUUAUGCACAAAUGGGUAAAUCUUAUUUCCAGGUUGCAGAAAGAAAUAAAUUUCUCAUGGUUUUCACGACUA